ACCUUUUCCAUUUCUCCUGCUGCUGGGGCGGGGGGACGCCUUGAGGACCUCUGAGAAGGCAGGAGGCAUGGCUGAGGAGGAUGAGGAGGAGAUUACUGAGGACAGGCUAAGAGUGAAGCCCAAGCCUCCGCCCGUCUCUGCUUUGUCGGAGUUCAGCUACAUCCCGCCCAGGCGCCUGGGCCCCAAGGAGCAAAGCUACUUCUACCAGGAAGGCAAGACAGGAGUUGUUUCCAUAUUUGAUUGCAUUUUUAAAAGGCCUCUGGAUUACAAUCAAAAAUUGCAUCGAGAUGAUCGAGAGCAUGCCAAAAGCAUAGGACUCAAGGUUAAUGAGGAGGAAUGGGCAAGACCUAUUGGAGUAUUGACAUCUUCUAUUUAUGGAAGACAUAUAUAUAAACCUGUGGAAGAGAUGAACAGAGAGCACGUGAGGGUUAACCAUUUGAAGGUGGAGUUCUACCGGAAGAAUUCUAUCACUUGCAUGGAAGAACCUGGAUUUGGGCACAUUGCUCCAUCCUAAUGUCGACAUAAUCCACUGGGCAAAUUGAAGUGAAAUGGAAAUGUAUAGUUAUAGAAAGAGUGAGGUUAAAAGGACCAGCAAAGGUUGAUUUAGUUUUUACUUCAAUUACAGAAAUAAGACUACUAGGACUAUAGUUAUAAUAUGAUAGUUGUCAUGACCACUUGGCUAAAUAUUUUCAAUGGGAUGCAUCUGAAAAUUGUUACUUAUUAACCAGUUUUCUACAUCAUUUGAGGACCUGGUGCAAAAUUUCUAAAGCAUGUUUUGUAUUUAAUAUAUUUUAUGUCAAAGUAAUUUUGAUUAAAUGACAUACUAUUUUCCUGUCAUAAGUCCA